AUGGUUCGGUCACCGCAGAACUACACCAGUAUAGGUUUGAUCGCAUUCUUCAAGACCUGCAAUAUCAGAAAUGGUGGAACGGAGGAGACGCCUGUCUGGGUUAGUUUAGUAUCUGUGCUAUUCGGCCUACCGUCGGCCCGCGCACACCGCUUCUCGUUCUCAUUGUGGGUGCGCUACACUGGAAAGGCCAUUUUCACUAAAUUCACCAACGUAAAGGAUGAUGAUGAACCUUCAGAGCUGAGUCUGACGGAUGAAUAA